AUGUCAGUCAUCACGAACAACUGCCGCAAUACCCUUUGGGAGGGCGCCAGAAGAGGCCGCACUGUCGCAGCUUCUUCUAGACUUUGGUACUACCUCUUCACCAAUGAAUUCUUCCAUGGCGACCAGUACGUCAUCUCUCCAGAGCCGAAGCCGGACAAGGUCGUCACGGUUGCUCCAGAGAGGUUCCAAGGACAAAUCACGUAUACGUCCAUUACAAACGGCAUUUUUCAUCUAUUCAUCGUCCAAUAUCGAAAAUAUAAUAUUAGCCCGGACAUGAUAAGGCUGCUGGAAACUCAAGCUUUUGAAGCAACAUCCGAUCUGCUUGUGGAAAAGGGGUGUAGAAGAGUACACGCAGCAACAAUCAUCGGGACGAAAAUUCGCUGUUGGCACCUUGAACCGGGAGAUAGUUUCUUAUCCCCAGAUUUCGGUGAGGAAGGUGCGCGAGGUGACAUCAAGGACUAUGUCGAAGUCAAUUCAUCAUUUGCGCCGCUAGCCAAAGUCUCCUUUGAAAUAAUGAAGCAAGAGCCGCCUGGCCCGUAUCCAUCAUUCGCCGUGCCGCCAGCUAAUGCUCCGGAGAACAUCCCUCCGCCAGCCAAUGUACAGCAAACAGUGAUGCAGCCGUGGUCUCCAUCACCGCCACCAACUACCCUUAUAUACCUACAACAGCAACUGUUCAUAGCGGCGCCAAAUCCGACGGAUACGGUUUUUAAUCAGGAUCGCUGGUAUUUUGAUGAGGCCUCGGGAAGUUAUCUAAACCACGCUGCUACGAGAAGUCCCGCUUUGGCAGCCAUUGUUGGGGAGGAGGAGAACGUUUUCUUUCAAGAGUUUCUACCGGAGUAG